AUGAAGAGGAAGAAGAAGAAUUCAUCUCGUAGCAGCAAGGCUUAUGAAGGUAUAGGUGAGGUGGUUGCAUGGGAUGCAGAAGACGAUGUUAAGCAUGGUGGUGAAUCUAAUGAUUUUCAGUUGGUUAGGAGAUCAUAUAAUUUUAAUGUGACACUUCCUCCUUCCUGUCCCAGCAGUUUGAGUGGUAAAGGCAAUGAUAAUGAUGCGUUUGUCACCAGAAACAAAGUUAGGGAAACAUUGCGUUUGUUCCAAGUUGUCUAUAGGAAACUUGUUAAGGAAGAAGAGGCAAAGUUGAAGAAUGUUAAGAGGCCUGAUUUAGUUGCAGCAACUGUUCCUAAAAGGAAAGGAAAAUAUGUAAACACAAACAAGAAAAUCAUUGGAUCUGUUCCAGGUGUUGAAGUUGGGGAUGAGUUUCAGUACAGGGUGGAGCUUAAUAUUAUUGGUCUUCAUCGCCCAACUCAGGGAGGUAUUGAUUUUGUGAAGGAAGGUAAAACUGUCCUUGCAACGAGUAUUGUAGCAUCUGGGGGCUAUGAUGAUGAUCUGGAUGACUCUGAUGUCUUGAUAUAUACUGGUUCAGGAGGGAACAUGAAGGAUGGAGAUAAAGGACCUGAAGAUCAGAAGCUUAAACGAGGUAAUCUUGCUUUAAAGAUUAGUAUGGAUGCACAGAAUCCUGUAAGAGUCAUUCGUGGUGAUACAAGAGUGUCUGAAUCAUCCAGUGCAAGAAAUAGGACUUAUGUCUAUGAUGGGCUAUAUUUGGUGAAGAAGUGUUGGCAAGAAAUGGGGCCACACGGCAAACUUGUAUUUAAGUUUAGGCUGGAUCGAAGUCCAGGUCAACCAGAGCUUGCUUGUAAAGUGGUGAAGAAGUCCAAAAAAUUUAAAGUGCGAGAGGGUCUCUGUGAAGGGUCAAUUCCAAUUUGUGCGGUGAACACCAUAGACAAUGAGAAGCAUCCACCAUUUGAAUACAUAGCUCAUGUUUUAUAUACUGAUUGGUGCCAUCCUAUUCCUCCCAGGGGUUGUGAUUGUACUGAUGGCUGCUCUGAAACUGGGAAAUGUUCUUCUGUGGCAAAAAAUGGAGGAGAGUUCCCAUAUAACCAUAAUGGGACUAUUGUUGAAGCAAAGCCUCUGGUCUACAAGUGCGGUCCUUCUUGCAAGUGUCCUCCGUCUUGUUACAAUAGAGUCAGUCAGAAUGGUAUCAAGUUUCAGCUUGAAAUCUUUAAAACAUACCAUUACAAAUACAAUAGAUCAGGUUCAUGAUUCUGAUGGCAAUAUAAAGAAGUAGAGUUGUUACUGUGGUUCUUCAGAGUGCACUGGGAGGAUGUAUUGAGGCUGUGUAGCAAAAGGAGUUGGAUUUAGAAGCAGCUGUGAUUUAAUUUGUCAAAACCAACAAAUCAUAGCUCGAGUCUGUUUUCAUGCGUUGUGGUUCGUUAUGCUCCUGAGCGUGAUCCACACAUCCAGAUGGUCAGGUUAAAUUUAUGGUUGGGAAGACUAUUUGCUGGUAGGUAGUAAUGUAGCCUUUAGUCUUUCCAAAUUUCAUCUAGUGUUGUUUGUUGUGAGUUCUGGGUUUUGUAUAUGCACUUAAUUUUCAUAUCUUAGUUAAAAGGCAAAAUAAAUAAAAAGAAAGA